GAUGGUAGGCAGCAGAGUUAAAGGCUUUUGGAGAGAUAGAGUUUGAUUGGUGGUGCGGUUUCUAAGGUCCACACGCACAUUCUUCACUCAUAAAAUUGGCUAUGCUUCACCCUUUCAAUCUCAUUCCUGUUUAAUUGACUCGCUUUUUCUUCUUACCAUUAAAAAGAUAGAAGCAAAAGCAAAGCUCCCUCGGUUUAUUUUGUUCUCUUUUUCCUCAAUCUCACAAUCCAUACACCUUCAUGGCGUCUUCUUCAUCUUCUUCUCGUCAAAUGAAGCAUCAAGUUUUCUUAAGCUUCAGAGGUGAAGACACGCGCCUUAACUUCACCGUUCAUCUACUCCAAGCUUUGAAAGACAAGGGACUGAAUGUCUUCUUCGAUGAAGAAAAACUAGAGAAAGGGGAGGAACUUUCACAUGCACUUUCACAAGCAAUUGCAGCCUCAGAUCUCUCAAUCCUCGUUUUAUCUAAAGACUAUGCUUCUUCACAAUCAUGCUUAGCUGAACUUUCUGACAUCAUGGAUCGGAAGCGCAAGCCCACGGACAAACAUAUUGUUCUUCCCAUCUUUUACCAUGUUGAUCCUUCCGAUGUGCGAAAUAUUGGUGGGACUUUUAAGACAUCCUUCGAAGAGCAUGAAUCAAAGAGACCAAUUGAAGACAUGAAGCGAUGGAAAGUCGCCUUCGCUGAAAUCGGUGCAUCAAAAGGGUGGCAUAUAGAAGGAGGCAAAUCCGAUAGAUUUGAAACUGAGUACAUUAAAGAUGUCGUUGAAUAUGUUUUAAAAAAGUUGAAUAGCAAUUGUAGAAGUGUCUCUGAAGAAUUGGUGGGAAUAGAUGAUCAAAAAAAGAAGCUUUUGGUGUUGAUUGAGCAAGCGGGCAUCCAUGUAAUAGGACUUUGGGGCAUGAGUGGUAUAGGCAAAACUACCCUUGCUGAUGCUGUAUAUAAGGAAGUCUCUCCAAAGUUUGAAUGUAGUUUGUUUCUUCAAAACAUUAGUGAGAAAAUAAAGAAACAGGGGAGUGAAUCUUUACGAAAUGAACUUCUUUCCAAACUAUUAAACAAUACUCUUUCCAUAGGAUACCCUUACCACGAGAGGCUGAAUAAUAAAAAAAUACUUCUUGUCUUUGAUGAUGUUACUGACCCAGACCAAAUGGAUUUUGUGGGUGUUAAAUAUUUUGGUCCUGGAAGUAAAAUCAUUGUAACAUCUAGAGAUAUACAAGUACUUAGGAAUGGAGGAGCAAACCACAUACAUGAGGUAAAGAAGUUAAACAUGAACGACUCUUUUCAACUUUUUUCUACAUAUGCAUUUCAAUUGUUGAAUCUUCCAGUUGAUUUCAAAUAUCUAUCAUUCAAGUUUGUAGAAUAUGCCCAAGGUAAUCCACUUGCUCUUAAAGUUCUGGGUUUGAAAUUAUAUACAAAGUCUAUAAAAGAGUGGAAGAGCGAGGUGACUAAACUAAAGCAAUGUGGAGAAAUAAAACUUUCACAUAUUUUGAAGAGUAGCUUAGAUGGGCUGGAUGAGAUAGAGAAGAAUAUAUUUCUUGACGUAGCAUGCAUCUUUAAAGGGCAACACUUGAAUUACGUAGAAAAAAUUCUAAGUAAUUAUUAUAAAGGUGCAAGAUGUGGAAUAAGUAAAUUGGUCGGCAAGUGCCUACUUGAGGUCAAAUAUGAAUCUAUUUCUAUGCAUGGCAUGCUUGAAGAGAUGGGCAAAGACAUUGUUAUGCAAGAAUCUGAAUACCCUGGAAAGCGCAGUAGAUUAUGGAAUUGUAAAGAUGUGGAAGAAGUGAUCAGCUAUGAUAAAGGGACUGACCUAAUUAAAGGAAUAAAGGUGGACAUGACUGAAGUUGAUAGUCUACAGUUUUGUGCUACUGCUUUUGAGAAGAUGCAUAAGCUUAGAUAUAUCAACAUCAGCUUUCCUAAGAAAAUGUUGUGGCUUAAGAAGCUAUAUGCAAAUCAAGUUGAGAGUAUAUCUCUUCCUGAUGAGUUAAGGUUUCUCCGUUGGGAUGUUUACCCUUUCAAAUCUUUAUCUGGUUUUAAUCCAAAAAAUCUUGUCGUGUUGAAACUAUUACAUGGCAACAUGGAACAACUUUGGAAUGAAGACGACGAUAUGAACCUUACUAAUUUAAGGGAAAUUGACGUUUCAUAUUGCAAGAAUUUAAGGAAGAUGCAUAAUCUUUCAAGUGCCAUCAACCUUGAACUCCUUCGUUGCAUUGGCUGUGAAAGUCUGGUUGAACUUUGGAAUGAAGAUGAUCAUAUAGUAUGUGUGCUUUCAUACUUAUUUCAUUUAAGAAUUUUUUUUAAUUUAAUCUAUCAAAUAAUCAUUUGAUCUAUUGAUUGUGGGUUAAUUUUCACACCCAAUACAUCAAAUAUGAAUUUUUAUUUUUCUUAGUAUUAUAAUUAUUUAUUUUCUUUUCAUUUUUACUACUUAAAGUAAGUAGUUGAUGCUUAAAAGCAAUACAAAUGUUGUUUCUAUACAGGAGCUUAUUAAUUUAAGGAAAUUUACGAUUGGUUGAACUUUGGAAUGAAGAUGAUCGUAUGAUAUGCAUUUUAUACUCUUUUUUUUUGAAAAAAUGAUUUAUAAUUUGAUGUAUCAAAUAUUCAUAUGAUAACAUUUUAUUUAAAAGUUUUUAAAAUAUAUAUAUAAAAGAAUUUAUUUUGUUUAGAUAAGUGACAUAGUUUGAUUUAUUAGCUGCGAGUGAAUUUUCAGGCCCGAUACAUCAAAUAUAAAUUUUUAUUUUUUAUCGUAUUAUAAUUAUUUAUUUAUUUUACAUAUUUUACUGUCUAAAAUAAGUGGUGGAUGCUUAGAAGUAGAACAAUUAUUUUUUCUGUACAUGACCUUGUUCAUUUAAGGAAAAUUUACUUUGAUGGGUGCGUGAAUUUAAGGAAGAUUCCUAAUCUUUCAAGAGCCAUCAACCUUGAAUUCCUUGGUUGCUCUAACUGUAAAAGUUUGGUUGAACUUCCUUGCCUCAAUCAUUUGGCAUCUCUUCAUCAAUAUAGUCUUCGUCUUAACGGAUGUUAUAGUCUCAAGAAGUUUCCUAAGGUCCCACGUCCCUUUUGCUCUUUAGAUUCAUCAGAAACCAAAAUAGAAGAAGUGUCUGAUUCAAUUAAGGAUCACCACAAACUUGAAACUUUGUGGUUAGGGAAGUCAAAGGUGAAAAAAGUAUCUAUCAAUAUUUUAAAGUUGGAAUUCCUUCGUAAAUUGGAUCUUAGUGGUUGCCCAAUUGAAGAAGUGUCGUUGCCUUUCGACCCCCUAUGUAAUCUUCAGCACUUAAAAAUGAGCGGCUCAGCGGUCAAAAAUGUAUCGAUCCAGUUGGAAUCCCUUCGCAAACUGAAUCUUAGUGGAUGCCCAAUGGUCAAAUUUCCAGAAAUCCCAGGAAGCUUAAUAAAAUUAAACUUAUCUGGCACUCAAAUUGAAGAAGUGUCGUUGCCUUUCGACUCUCUAUGUAAUCUUCAGCUUUUAAAUAUGAGUAGCUCAGCGGUCAAAAAUGUAUCGAUCAAAUUGGAAUCCCUUCGUAAACUGAAUCUUAGUGGUUGCCCACUGGUCGAAUUUCCAGAAAUCCCGGGAAGCUUAAUAGAAUUAAACUUAUCUGGCACUCAAAUUGAAGAAGUGUCGUUGCCUUUCGACUCUCUAUGUAAUCUUAAGCACUUAAAUAUGAGUGGCUGAGCGGUCAAACAUGUAUCGAUCAAGUUGGAAUCUCUUCAUUAUCUGGAUCAUAGUGGUUGCCCAAAGGUCGAAUUACUCUCAGAUCUUCCACCAUAUCUGGAAGUCUUGAGUGUAAAUGACUGCACAUCAUUAGAAAAAGUAUCCUUCGCAGAUCAAAAUUUAAAUCAGUUUGACUCUUUAGAUGAUGAGUUAUGCAUAAAUCAUAACUUUUUGACGCGAUUCCGUAAUUGCUUCAACUUGAAUCAAGACUCAACUAGUAACAUUGAGGCAAAUGCCAUGCUCAAAAUUGGAUCCCUAGCUAAGAAAUGGGCAGCGAGAUAUGAUUGGCAAUACAACCCUGACAGAGCUCCAAGUUUGAUUUGUUGUUUCCCAGGAAAUAAAAUUUCAGCAAAUAUGUUCAAGUGUCAGAGCAUGAAAUCUUCCUUAUGUUUGAAGAUAGCCCCAAAUGGGGGCAGUGGGAGCAGAUUUUUGGUUUUUGCUAUCUGCCUUGUGGCUGAUCUCACUAACUGCCUUGAAUUUCAAUUACGUGAAUGUAUUUGUGAGUACCAACUUACAACCGCCGGUGGUGGCAAUGGUGGAGGUGGUUGUGAAAAUUUCAUAAGUGAGAUAUGUUUCCGCAGUUUUUGUGAGCCAGUUAAGUACAUGGAUUAUCACGUGUUUAUUCUAUCUAGCAUCGCCAUGGUUAUAGAAGACAAGAAUUAUGAGGAGGCAUCAUUCAAAUUCUACAUCAAAAAUUUCCAUUUCGAUGAAGACAAUGAUGGAGGAGAAAAGUAUAUCAAGGUGGAGAGAUGUGGUGUUCAUGUAUUUUACGUGGAUGCUACUGAAAAGAGAGUUGCUGGGAACAAAAGAAGCUUUAGCCAUGAUGGUGAAGAAGGGGAUGGAGGACUUAAAAGAUUGAAAUAGUUUGUAUUUCUUUCCAUCUUUGGCUCUGCUUUUGAGGAGUUUCAACUUCUCAAUUAUGUCAUCCAAAUGCAUCGGAUCUGUGGUGGACAUCAUUCAGCUUAAUUGUUUAUGUUCCACCAUUGGUGCUCAUGCCGUGAGCAGACCAGUGGUGGACUCGAUUCAGCUUCAUUGUUUAGUUUCCAGCAUUGGUGCGCAUUUUCCUUCAAUGACAUCUAGAUUUAUUGGAAAGAUUGGUUAUUUGUGCCACUGCUGAAUUGGAGCUUUAGCCAUAUAAGGAGGAGCACAUGCACUGUAAGAGCUUCAAUUUGUUUUGCUGAAUGCUUGUUUUAUACAAGUGUUUUAACUGAUAUUUGGUGACAAUGCCAGUUGUCAACAGAUUUGUCAACACAACUUCAAAGUAAUCUUUUGAGGCCCUUUCUGGGUUCUGGCAAAUUCAGUCUUGGUGAAGAAGUUACCAUUGACUUUGACUUAAUUAUCAUGAUUUUAGGUUCAUAUAAUGAUUGUCAGCAUCCUCACCAUGUUUUCCCAUAUUAUCAAUGGGAUUAUAUAAAUCCAGAAUUUGCAACAGAUCUCAAAACUUGUGGGAUGAAUACGUGGAGCUAGAUGCAACCUUCGGCAGUUUUCAUUCUCAAGCUAGAUCGGGUUAGUUCCAUGGUAGAGCCAUUGGAGUUGAUAGCUUCUUACCUUGGAUUUUGAUUGUCUUAUCAGUUUGGGCUGAAAGUUAUUUGUAUAUUACUGCCUCUCAUGUUGUUUGAGCAUUGCAGUGAAGAGAUAUUAAGAUUCAUACUUGAAUCCUUUUGGGAAUUGACUUGUUAUUGGUUGGUUUUGAUUCAUAGGAUCUGUGGUGGACAUCAUUCAGCUUAAUUGUUUAUGUUCCACCAUUGGUGCUCAUGCCGUGAGCAGUAAGUAGAGAUUUAAUCAUAUUGUAUCUCAAGACUAUCUGCAUUUUACUUCAAUGAUUCGUUCACCCAUUGAUUUAUGCUUCA